AUGCCUACCGAAUUCAUCUCCCUCGCGUUCCCCAACGCCUCCACCGAACUCUCCCCCAUCCCCGGCUCAGGCGUCGACCCAGACUUCCUCGAGCGCUAUGCCCGCAACCUAGACGACUACGACUUCAACUACACCCUGCAGCCCUACGACUCGGGCGGUUUCGACCCUUUCACCACCGGCGCCACCAUCGCAGCUCACACCAAGAACCUCAAGAUCAUCAUCGCCCUGCGUCCCAACACUUUAUAUCCUACCGUUGCGGCCAAAGCCCUCGCCACGCUCGACCAGUUGAGCAAGGGGCGUGCUGUGGUGCAUUUUAUCGCCGGGGGUUCUGACGCGGAGCAAGCGAGAGAGGGCGACUUUCUGAACAAAGUCGAGCGGUACGAGCGGUUGGAAGAGUACAUCCGCAUUCUUCGCAAGGCGUGGUCGUCCACAGAGGCUUUUGAUUGGGAGGGUAAACAUUACCAGUUCAAACAAUUCCAGAACCGCGUGCGUCCUGUUAAUGGCACGAUCCCCGUCUCCGUCGGUGGGUCCUCGGACGAGGCUUACAGAGUCGGUGGCUCGCUGGCCGAUAUCUUCGGCCUCUGGGGCGAGCCUUUGAAGGAGACCAAGGAGCAGAUUGAUAGAAUCUAUGCGGAGGCGGAGAAAGCCGGUCGACCAGCCAACGACCGCCCGAGGAUCUGGGUGACGUUCCGCCCGAUCACAGCAGAGACGGAGGAGUUAGCCUGGGAGAAAGCCCACCGAACCCUCGACGCACUGAACUCGCACCGCGCCGCCGGCGUAGGCAAAGUCCCCACGAACGCACCACCGCCCCAGAACGUCGGCUCCCAACGCCUCUUGGACAUCGCGAAGAAAGGCGAAGUGCAAGAUCGCGCACUGUGGUAUCCCACCGUUACGGCGACGAACGCACGGGGUGCGUCGACGGCGUUGGUCGGGUCGUAUCAGACGGUUGCGGAUUCGAUUCUGGAUUAUGUCAAGCUGGGGUGUGAUUUGAUCUCGAUUCGAGGCUAUGAUAAUUUGAAUGAUGCGAUUGAUUAUGGGCGGUAUGUGUUGCCGAAGGUGAGGAGUGCGUUGGAGAAGGAGGGGGUUAAUGGGGAGGUGAAGAAAGAGGGCGAGGUGGCGACUAUUGUUGAUGGUUAA